GAUUGGAAAAGUAAUUAUGGUACUAUCAAAAUGACAGUUGCAGAAGCACUAAACGAGUCAACUACUAUCAAAACCACGUCAAAGGUUUUUGGCAGUUGUGGUUUCUCCGGAAAAGAAGUAAUUACCAAAGCCAUAAUCGCCGGAAGAACCGCUACUGUCAAACUUAACCCAAUGGAAAAAUCACUACAACCAAAGCUUACGACGUGA